AUGCGGACCGGCCCGGUGCGCUCCGCCACGAGCGGCGCCGCGCAGCCCCGCGGCCGGGCCCUGCUGCUCUCGGCCUCUCGGGGCGCCCCGGCCAAACGCCUGCUGGAUGCGGACGACGCGGCCGCCGUGGCGGCCAAGUGCCCGCGCCUCUCCGAGUGCUCGAGUCCCCCGGACUACCUCAGCCCCCCCGGCUCGCCCUGCAGCCCGCAGCCCCCGCCCGCCGCUCCGGGAGCCGGCGGCGGCUCUGGGAGCGCGCCGGGGCCCUGCCGCAUCGCCGACUACCUGCUGCUGCCCCUGGCGGAGCGCGAGCAUGUGUCCCGGGCGCUAUGCAUCCACACGGGCCGCGAACUGCGCUGCAAGGUGUUUCCCAUUAAACACUACCAGGACAGAAUCCGGCCUUACAUCCAGCUGCCGUCACACAGACACAUCACCGGCAUCGUGGAAGUGAUCCUUGGGGACACCAAAGCCUAUGUCUUCUUUGAGAAGGACUUUGGGGACAUGCACUCGUAUGUGCGAAGCCGGAAGAGGUUGCGGGAAGAGGAGGCUGCCCGGCUCUUCAAGCAGAUUGUCUCUGCCGUUGCCCACUGCCACCAGUCGGCCAUUGUGUUGGGGGAUCUGAAACUUAGGAAAUUCGUCUUCUCCACGGAGGAGAGAACCCAGCUCAGAUUGGAAAGCCUAGAAGACACCCACAUCAUCAAGGGGGAGGACGAUGCUCUGUCAGACAAACAUGGCUGCCCCGCCUACGUGAGCCCUGAGAUCCUGAACACGACCGGGACCUACUCGGGAAAGGCGGCGGACGUUUGGAGCCUCGGGGUGAUGCUCUACACCCUUCUGGUCGGACGAUACCCCUUCCAUGACUCAGACCCCAGUGCCCUGUUCUCCAAAAUCCGACGCGGGCAGUUCUGCAUUCCCGACCACAUUUCCCCCAAAGCCAGGUGCCUCAUCCGCAGCCUUCUGAGACGAGAGCCUUCGGAGAGACUUGCUGCCCCUGAGAUCCUGCUCCAUCCCUGGUUUGAGUCUGUCUUGGAACCUGGCUAUGUCGACUCGGAAAUAGGAACUUCAGACCAGAUUGUCCCGGAAUGCCAGGAGGACAGUGACAUUAGUUCCUUCUUCUGCUAA